AUGAAAGACUUCUACCCUCAUAAAUCUAAAUUUCCAGUCCAAGAGAAUUACUUUAUAGAGUACAUUACUCACAUUACUCACAAAGUUAAAGCGGGCAAAUUGCAACCUAGAUCUUUGCUGUUGUACAUAACGAACAUUAAGGCUCAUAACGAAGCUCUCGGAUUUAGUUGGACUUUUAGUACCAUUCUAAAAAAAACUCUGGUAGACUUGGGCGUUUCCUCACCUCGGAGUUCGGAUUCUUUUAAUGCUUUAUGCAACUCACAACGAGGACAAUCUUACAACCAGGCUCCAACUGAUAAUGCGCAGGCAAAUGUUACACAAAACAUCCCUUAUAAUCCGAGUCUCCGUGAUGGACUCCCACCCGGAAUUGUUACUCCAAACGUCAUUCCUCCUCCCACUGACGUUAAUUAUAAUGUCUCCUCAUUCCGGGGUUCUGAUUCUCUUAAUGCUUUAUGUAACUCACAAUCCGGACAAUCUUACGAUCAGAAUGCUGUUCCGAUUUUUACAAAUAAUAAUGCUUAUUUUAAUCCUUAUAAUCUGAACCUCUGUGAUGCACGUCCAGACAUCCUUCCCACUGAUAUUAAUUCUUUUAACUUGGACAUCUCCUCACACCAGAGUUCGGAUUCUUUUAACGCCUUGUGCAACUCACAACGAGGACAAUCCUACGAUCAGAAUUUCACUAGUUUUAAUUUUCAGGAUGUUUCAACUGAUAAUGCGCAGGCAAAUAUUACACAAACUAACAACAUUCCUUAUAAUCUGAGUCCUCGUGAUGGGCAUCCCCCUCUCCCACCCGAAAUUGAUGCUCCAAACAUCAUUCCUCUUUCAACUGACAUUAAUUCUAAUGUCUCCUCACUCCGGGGUUCUGAUUCUCUUAAUGCUUUAUGUAACUCACAAUCCGGUCAAUCUUAUAACCAGAAUGCUGUUCCGAAUGUUACAAAUAAUAAUGCUUAUUUUAAUGACAACAUUUCUUAUACUCUGAGCCCCUGUGAUGCACGUUCCUAUCUUCCACUUGGAAUUAAUUCACAGAAUGUCGUUCCUCUUCCUACUGACAUUAACUCUUACAUUCAACCGAGCUCUAAUCAAUUUGAUACACAACACGUUAUACCAAGCAACAAUUUUCCUAACGUUCCAACUGAUAAUGGCGUACAAGCAAGUGUCACACAGUAUGAUCCCUUCGCUUUUUCUUUAACUUGUCCUAAAUGCCAAUCUAUUUUAACUCCCGAAUCCAAUCAUUUUACUAUUGCCAAUUUACAAACUUACUUUCAAAGUAAACUAUCUCUUUAUAAAAUACAACUUUUACAGCAAAUAAACCAAGACCCUUCUUUAAUUCCCUCUUAUCGAAAACUAAUAGAAGAAAAUAAUAAUCUCAAACUCCUCCUAAAGGCUACAAAUUAG